UGUAGGUGAAUCUGUAGCAUAUUUGGAAAUAAAAUCAGUUUUCAUUAUCAGAAUUCUGUCGCAGCAUGUAUAAGAACAAUUAUUUUCAAAUGACAAUUGUAUGUUUUUUCCGAAGAAACUUCACAGCAAAAAAGCUGUCAAAAUAAAAAUUAAAUAACCAGAAAAUCAUGUCAAAAUUAUUGAUAAUUUUUUUCGAACGACAAUAGUUAUUGCAACAAUUCCAGAGCAAAAGGAAGGAAGAAAAAUCUAGGAUGAAGGAGCAGUAACAUCAUGUUGCGCAACCUUGCUGCAAAAUGGAUUAAUUUGAAAAGAAUUAAAAUAACAAUGUUUUAUCCAUCAUAUAAUCCAAGAACAUAUUCGGAAAGACGUCGAAGAAGUGGCGAUGGACGAAAAAGAGAGAUCUUUGAGGAAAAAGCGGCCGCUAGUGAGGAAGAAUAUUUUCGAAGAGAGACCGCGAGACAAUUAAAAGAGCUUAAAGAAAAGCAAAAUCAAAUUAAAGAAGAGAAAAAGAAUAAAAAGAAAAACGAUAAAGAAGCGGAAAAAGAUGAAAAGCAGAAAAAAUCUGAACAAGCAGAUAAAACCAAAAAAAAGCCCGAUAGAAAGUGAUAAGAUACG